ACAUGACACAGAAUGACCAAUGCUCGAUUGGCUUCAUCCUGUACACGGAACUGAUUGCGGAUUUCUUUGGCAGCCCAUGGCAGACCAAAAUGGGCACAUUGAUCUUGGGCCUCCAAGGGACACAGCUGCAGGUUUAGGCUUCCCAGGUCCUCCUCCACCCAUCUACACCUGCACUCUGACUCCUGAACUAGUAGCCAAGGCUCGGGAAGAGCUUCAGGAGAAGCCCGAAUGGAGGCUGCGGGAUGUCCAGGCAUUACGGGAUAUGAUACUGAAAGACCACCCUAAUCUGAGGACCCGGUUAGAUGAUGCUUUUCUGCUGCGCUUCCUCAGGGCCAGGAAGUUUGAUUAUGACCGGGCCCUUCAGCUUCUCCUGAAUUAUCAUGCCAGCCGGAGAGCCUGGCCUGAAGUGUUCCAGGACCUGAAGCCCUCCACAGUCAAGCACGUCCUAGACCUGGGCUUUCUCACUGUCCUGCCCAGGCCAGACCCUCAAGGACGCUACAUACUGUGUUUACGACCAGGCAAAUGGAAGCCUAAUGAUUACCCAUUUGUGGACAACAUAAGGGCUAUUUAUUUAACAUUAGAGAAGCUGAUUCAGCCUGAGGAAACCCAAGUAAAUGGAGUCGUUAUCCUGGUGGAUUAUGCUGGAGUUGGCCUCUCUCAAGCUUCUAAUCCAGGUCCACUUUUGGCAAAGAAAGUUGUCGGUAUCCUGCAGGAUGGCUUCCCAAUCAGAAUAAAAGCUGUAAACAUUAUAAAUGAGCCACGGAUCUUCAAGGGUAUUUUUGCAAUAAUCAAACCAUUUCUGAAAGAGAAAAUGGCAGAAAGGUACGUCCUGCACGGCUCAGACUUGGCCUCUCUCCAUCGAGUCAUUCCCCAGUCUGUGCUUCCUCAAGAGUAUGGAGGAGUAUCUGGAAGACUUGACAUGUCCGCCUGGUCCAGAACUCUGCUGGAGGCUGAGGAAGAGUUUGUGGUAGAGUUUUGUCAGCCUGAUCCUCUGGAGGGCGUCAUAAUGCCAGACGCCCUGCUGUUUGAGGGUGAGCAAGGUGGCGCACAUGGAGAGGACUCCUUCAGACAUCUGCGCUCACAGCUUUAUUAUUGCUACUGACCUUCUACCGAUGUGCAGCUGGUUCUGUUGAAACAUUUGCUUAGCUAUGACCAAUUAAGUAUUCACAGGUCACCGUAUGGGUCUGACUGUGUAAUAGAUCUGGUAUCGAAAGCCAUUCAGAUGCUGGAAACUUUACGUAUAUUCAUUGCUUUGGCUUAAUCGGGUAACUCUGUACUUUAAAAUCUGAUUUAAAUUCAUUAUCUGAGCUUAAUAUUAAUAGCCAUUGAACAAACAUCCUAGGUUUUAAUAUAUAUCAUAUAUAUCAGUAUUUAUUUUCAGUUAUGCAGGGAGCAUAGAAAUGUUAAAAUGGAUGUUUUUAGCUUUACAUAAUUUUGUGUUAUGUCUGAAAAAAUGCUUGCCUUAUUUUAAGAUGAAGGGAAAAUGAUUAGUAUUCAUUUAGUUAGUUAAUAUUUCAGUUAGCACAUUGAAAAUACCCCAAAAAAAGAAAAAAGAAAAUGCUGUCAUCAUUUUCUCACCCUCCACUUAUUUCAAACCUGUUUGAGUGACUUUUUUUCUGUUGAGCACAAAAGAAGAUAAGAUGAAUAAAGUCUAUACUAGAGAUGCUCUGAUCGAUUACUACUCAGUGAUCUGGCCGAUCUCAUAUACCAAUCACAAGUGUUUGUAUUAGCUUGAAAUGAGUAAAUGUUUGAACGACAUUGCAUGUAUUUAGGCUUUUUUACCAAUAAGAACUAAAAGAACUUCUGUGUUUUUGACAAUGUUGCAAGUUCACUAAAACCUGGCUGAAAAUAUUGCAUAAAUAGAACAAAAAACAUAUAUAAAUUUAACAUGAAUAUUUACUAAUAUACCUUCUCGUAAUAUUGCAGUAAACAGUAGUUUAUAGGCCUGUUUCCUUUUAGUAAUGAUUUAUAGGUGUGCAUUUUAAUUUUUUGUUCAUCAAAUAUGGGCUGCUAACUUUUUUCUUGAUUGAGACACGUUGAAUUCUUCUUUUAUCAUUUGCAGUGUUUCCAAAUCUUAUUGUUUGUCUUUUUUUUUUUUUUACAUUUUUUUGUUUUGUUUUAUCUAUUUUCUGUUGAGCCGCUUCUUUCCAUGAUAUGUUCACACCUAUAUUGCUGAAAGAGACAUAUUUAAGGGAUUAUAUGCAGCAUCCUUAAUUUAUUCUCAUAAGUAAGGAGAGAUAUCCACUUAAGUAUACCUCGAGGAAAAUUAUGCAUUAUUAAGCUUAAAACAUUACAAUCGGUACUCGGUAUCAGCCGAUCACCUCGACAAGGAAUCAGCACUCGGUAUCGGCUGCAAAAAUCCUGAUCGGAGCAUGCCAAUUCCAUAGUAUUGUUUUUCCUACUAUGGUUGUCAUUAACUAAUGUUUCCACCAUUAUUAAAAUAUCUUCUUUUGUGUUCAAUAGAAAAUGAAGAAUCCAAAAAGGUUUAGAACCAGUUGACAAGUAAAUUAUUUCAUCCUAACAGCCCUAAAAUGAAUUUGUAGUUUUGAUGUAUUUUACUGUUCGUGAUUGUGCAAUACUACACUAAUUCACGGUUGACUUUUUGUAGAUCUUUGUCAUAAGCUUUAAAAUUAGCGGGACACCAGAUAGUUCUUCAUUAAGAUAUUGUGAGCUUAUACUUUACAUCACAGCUAUAUAGCAUUUUUAAAGUUGAGUGGCCAAAUACUCAAUGUGUGUUUGUAUAUUGUCAUUUGCCAAAAACGAAUAGACAUUAACUUUUAAUGUUGUACAGACCCUGUAUAGAUACCUGUUUUUUAUUAUGAUUUAAAAAGUAAAAUAAAAUGAAGAGAUGUUAUUUCAUUUUUAUCAAAGCACAUUUAUGCCUUAGUUUCAAGCCUUACGUUUGGUGUAAGUAUUGUAUCCAUAUAUAUUAUAAUUUAAGUAUAUUUUAUUAUUUCUGUUUGUGGAAAUGGUCAAUAAACACUGUAAUUUUCAGAAUUAA